AUGGAAGCACCUCCGUUCUAUUCAUCUAAAGGGUCGGAAAAUGCCACAGCCUUCGUCAACGGACGGGUGUAUACCAUAAACGACGCACAACCUUGGGCUGAAGCCUUCAUCGUCGGCCCCGAUGGCAGAUUCGAAGCUGUCGGUUCGAAUGAAGAGAUUCGAGCUCUCGCACAGAGCAGGCGGCUUGUUCAGUAUCAAUUGCAAGGGAAGUUUGUCAUGCCAGGCAUCCACGACGCGCACACUCAUCUCUUGGCUGCGGGAUGCCAACGCACUGGUGAAGCGCACAUCGGUUGGGAGAGCAGUGACAAGACCCUUGCCAGCAACAUCAAAUCAGCAUCGUGUGCUUGUGCCUACUCCAAUGUGAUGGGCAACUGGACUAUCGGCAACUUCUACCAGGCAAGCAACUUUGCAGAUGGCAUUCCUGACAGGAAAUACCUGGAUGAGUUGUAUCCGGACAAUCCGGUGAUUGUCCGGGAGAUAUCCUGCCAUCGGAUUCUCGUCAACACCGCAGGACUGCGUGAAAUGGGCCUCGAUGAAAAUGUCAAGGACCCGCCAGGAGGAGCGUACUUUCGAAGACCUGACGGGACAUUGACCGGAGAGAUCAUCGAGGUAGCGAUGUCUUCUGUCUGGCGACACUUGCCGCGCACUCCUCUUAGCUACGCCAAGACUGUCAUCGAAUUCGCCGUGUCUGAAUGUCACCGGUACGGCAUCACAUCUGUGCAGGAAUCAUCCGCCAACACUGUCUAUCUCCAUGCCGUGCGUGAGCUGGAGGCCGAGAAUCGCCUGCCUCUCGAUAUUUGCACGCACAUUGUCGCUGCGCCGGAGACGCAAGGCGAUAGCGAAGAAUCUCAAGCAGCUCUGCUAAAUGUCGCAGAGGCCUUUGAGAGCAAGCACGUUCAUACAGGGUUUGUGAAGUUCUUCCUCGACGGCGCUCCGUUGCCACCACACUCCACCCAAUGCAGCCUGGACGAACAUGGCCAUCCUGACGCCAAGCGUGUUUAG